GAGCUUGAUCCAGGGAUUUUGACUUGUAUCACGACAGGAUGCCGUAUCUGAUUUGCGCAGCUGUGAUCCUCUGACGUCAAUUAGCUGCUAGGAUUUGCUGUUCCGAACAUUCCUUUUUUCCUUUUUACCUCCACACACACACACAACACAAACUACACGAUAAACCAAACGUCUCGCCAUCCUUUUUUUUUUUUUUAGCCAAUCCCUCUUAAUUCAACGUCGUAUUUUGAAAAGGUAACCUAACCACUUGCUUACCUGGGAGGGUAGAUAAUUGCUGUAGCAAUUCUCCAAUCAAUAGUCUUUUACACCUAGGUACUUAACCUAGUGUCUUCACAUUAAUCGUCUAUAAACACCAACUACACAUACCUACCCAAGACAAAAAAAAAAUGUCAGCAAGACUCCUCACACGAACCUUCCUCCCACGCCAUGCCCUCGGCGCCAGCAUCGUCGGCCUAUCCCUCGGCACAAGCAUAGCAGCCUUCAAACAGCCCAGGCUACGACUCGAUGCCCGAGACACACCACGGCCGAUGACUAGUCGUUCUGCUCCCCCUAGACAAGAGAAGCUAGACCCCGAGCUCUUGAAGCAGCUCUCCGGUGGGAGUGUCACAGGUGCGUUUAGUAUAGCCUUGGAGCUAUGUUUGGCGGUUGACUACUAAAAAUGGUGACUAAUUUACUACUUAACUUUUGUGAGAAAAAAAAGGUUUCGUUUCUGGUGUAAUUAUUAGCAUCUUUUCCAAGACCUUAGUACUGCUCCUGGGCCUAUCCGUUGUUAUUAUCCAAGUGGCUUCGAGAUACGGUCUUGAUCUAGUACAACAACUCAAGUUAAAGCAACGACUCGGGAAUUCACGUG